UUGUUGGAUGCCAAGUGGGAAUCUCAAGGAUUUUUUAAGCCAAGUUUUGACCGAGGGAGUGAUCCUUUUGUGGUUUCAAUGCCACCUCCAAAUGUUACUGGUUCAUUGCACAUGGGGCAUGCAAUGUCUGUGACUCUUGAGGAUGUCAUGGUUAGAUACAAUCGCAUGAAGGGAAGACCAACUCUGUGGCUUCCUGGUACAGAUCAUGCUGGUAUUGCAACUCAGUUGGUUGUAGAAAAAAUGCUUGCAUCUGAAGGAAUUAAGAGAAAUGAUCUGAGCAGAGAGGAGUUCACAAAACGAGUUUGGGAGUGGAAAGAGAAAUAUGGUGGAACUAUUACAAAUCAGAUUAAGAGACUCGGCGCUUCCUGUGAUUGGACUAGAGAGCAUUUCACCCUUGAUGAACAGCUAAGUCAAGCUGUGAUUGAGGCAUUUAUCAAGCUUCACGAGAAAGGUCUAAUCUAUCAAGGCUCUUACUUGGUUAACUGGUCUCCUAAUCUGCAGACUGCUGUUUCAGACUUGGAAGUAGAAUAUUCUGAAGAACCUGGCGCUUUAUAUCACAUCAAGUAUCGAGUUGCUGGACAGAGUGACUUCUUGACAGUAGCAACAACACGGCCUGAGACUUUAUUUGGUGAUUUAGCUAUUGCUGUGAAUCCCAAGCAUGUUGAUAAAGACUUUGGGACUGCUGACAAGGUCUGUUUUUUUUAUGAGUGUACUCUUGGUUGGCCAGAUGUUUCAGCAGAGGAUUUUAGGAAGUUUUAUCCAACAACAAUGCUUGAAACUGGGCAUGAUAUUUUGUUCUUUUGGGCGGCAAGGAUGAUCAUGAUGGGAAUUGAGUUUACCGGGACUGUUCCAUUUUCAUAUGUUUAUCUUCACGGGCUUAUCCGGGACUCACAAGGACGGAAAAUGUCUAAAACACUUGGUAAUGUAAUAGAUCCCCUUGAUACAAUCAAAGAGUUUGGCACUGAUGCUCUACGAUUCACUAUUUCUCUAGGAACUGCUGGCCAGGACCUUAAUUUGUCUACUGAGAGGUUGACUGCCAACAAGGCUUUCACCAACAAAUUAUGGAAUGCAUGCAAGUUUGUGCUGCAGAAUUUGCCCAGUCAAACUGAUGUAUCUGCUUGGGACACUAUAAUGGAUUAUAAGUUUGACAAAGAGGAGUCUGCUUCCAGGCUACCUUUACCAGAAUGUUGGGUGGUGUCAAAACUUCAUGUGCUUAUUGACAUGGUCACAACUAGCUAUGACAAGUUUUUCUUUGGAGAUGUUGGGAGAGAAACUUAUGAUUUCUUUUGGAGUGAUUUUGCUGAUUGGUAUAUUGAAGCCAGUAAAGCUCGCCUUUACCAGUCCGGGGCUGAUUCAACUUCGUCAAUGGCACAGGCUGUUCUAUUGUAUGUUUUUGAAAAUGUUUUGAAAUUGCUACAUCCGUUCAUGCCAUUUGUCACUGAAGAACUGUGGCAGGCACUCCCUGAACGGAAAGAAGCACUUAUAGUAUCUCCUUGGCCCCAGACUUCACUUCUACAGCUUCCAAACUCCAUAAAAAAAUUUGAAAAUUUCCAAGAUCUGACUAGAGCAAUUCGCAAUGCUCGAGCAGAAUACUCAGUUGAGCCAGCCAAGCGUAUAUCUGCAUCUAUAGUUGCAAGUGAAGAGGUCAUCCAAUAUAUAUCUAACGAGAAGGAAGUCUUAGCUCUUCUUUCCAGGCUAGAUCUACAAAAUGUCCAUUUCACAGAUUCUCCUCCAGGGGAUGCAAACCAAUCAGUACAUCUGGUUGCCAGUGAGGGACUAGAAGCUUAUCUUCCUCUUGCAGAUAUGGUUGAUAUAUCUGCUGAGGUAGAACGCCUUUCAAAGCGCCUCUCCAAGAUGCAAGUAGAGUAUGAUGGACUUGUUGCUUAUCUCAGUUCUCAAAAAUUUGUAGAGAAAACUCCCGAGGAUGUUGUCCAUGGGGUUCGAGAAAAGGCAGCGGAGGCAGAGGAGAAGAUAAACCUCACCAAGAAUCGGUUGGCUUUCCUGAAAUCCUCUGUUCUGGUGUCGCAAUAGGCAGUCUGGGUAGACUUCAUUUCUUCUCAUUGUCCAGAUUAAAUCCACAAAAUUGGAUUCAUCUCAUUGCUAGACCCAGUGAUCCAUACAACAAUCUGACAUCCACAUCAUCUACUUUCUGGUGGGACAAGGACGAUUAUGGAUGGCCAUUUAGGACAGGAUAGUGGAACAGUUGGAUGUACGGAAGUUUUGCAUAAAUUGAGUCUUGCUUUGCCUUGUUUAAUGGAAGAGAUAAAAGUACUUGACAAAUUGCUUAUAAGAUUGUGCUCCUAUCCAUGAUAAUUUUUGUGCCACGGGUCACUGAUAGAAUUCUUGGCCGUCUAAAUGUACAGUUAUUCAUUUACCGCCAGAAUUUCUACUUAUAUUGUCCUGCAUUUAUCUUUAUACAUUUUUCAAUAACUUCAAUUCUAUCGUAUAUUUUACCUUUA